AUGAUUCUGGAGAUCGGAUCGCCGAAACUGUACACAAUCAUAGUGAACCCGUUCGAAAUCGCACUCCAAAUCGUCAUCUCGUUCCUUCUCAUCAUCUGGCACUUUCGCGCAACGUCUCCGCCUGUGGAGCAAGUCAAAAUUUGUCAUUUUUUGAACUCUACAAUAACUAUGAUAUCAUUGAUGGUAUGCGGUACUUUUCGGGUAAUUUUCGGUUGUGGCAAGGAAGUAGCAAGGGUUGAGCGCGUAGCAGGCACGCAAUCGGCACCCUUACAGCGAAUUGCCGCGGAAAACGGCACGGAUGCCGCUCCCAGUCGGCAACUUGCCGAAAAUUACCAGAGUUAUAGGCUACUAACAACCAAAACACUGAUUUGCAGACAUCGUCCGUCAUUUCCGUGUACGAGCAGAUCGGCGGCGCCAGCAACGCGGAAGAGGCGAUAAUUGCGAACAAUUUCGUCGCAACCCUCUAUUACAUGCCCUUUUUGUGGAUCAUUUCCGUCUAUGUCAGCCAUUUUGCGGCCGUACAAACGUGGUUUCAACGUGCGCGUCGCAGAGCGAAAGUUCGAGAAAUGCGGAUGCAAGUGCAGAUGACGCACACGUCGGCGAGUAUUAUCGGCUUCCAGAGCGGCGCCACUAUCCACUCGUCGGUUUCGUUCUACUCACUUCGCAUCUAA